AAGACCUUUGGAUAUUUACUUUUCACCCUCACUUCGAGGUUUCUGACGUUGGAUAGGUCAGCACUCAUCAGCCCAUUAUAUUUAGUGCUUCCAAGCGUCCAAGAUGGCAAUUCGUAGAGUGUUCCUGGCAGUGCUUCUUCCAUACUGCAUCAUCGCUUUCCCGACUGGGCCACCGGUAAACCGCACAGUUUGCACUAGUAUGUCACCAAGUGGCCAUCCUAGCAACACGGCCACUGGCCCUGCACCUUACAUCAUUGUGGUCAGUAAUGACACCUAUACCGCGGGACAACCCAUACAGGUAACAGUCCGCGCCAACCCGGGCGUAACCUUCGCCGGUUUCUUCGUUCAGGCGAGAAACCAAUCAGACUCGGCUCUUGGAACGUUCAGCAACGUUCCUCAAGGAUCGCAAGUUCUUGCCUGCACCUCUGCCGCGGGAGCCUGGUCCCACAACAACAAGAAUGCCAAGACGGAGAUAACUGCAACGUGGAUGCCGCCAUCCGAUGAUCUAGGAUCUAUUGCAUUCCAGGCAACCAUUGUAAAGGGUCCGGAAAGCGUUUACUGGGAAGGCGUGAGAUCACAGCCUCUGUCGUACGUUUACAGUGCUACGCCUAGCCUGGCUCCAGGGGUCGAAAGCACUCCCUCGAGCAAAUCUGCAGUUUCAAGCAGCAUCUUCCUCUUGACUUUUGCCGUGUUCUGGGCGAUGGUGGCGUGACUGUGAUUAAUGGUGAAUGUGUAUACCGCCCUCUUGUGAUAUCAUCUGGACAAAACCGUGUUAUUCAAGAAUGUGCCUUACUCUUUUGGGAAGACGCUGAUGAAUGGUGCGUAUAAUGACCCAAAGAGGCGUCAAUUUCCAAGAGAGCAACUAUAGACAUUUGAUUAUUGAUUAUUCAAGCUUUUUAUUGCGAAAAGUUGCAUCAAGGAACAAAUACUCGGACAUGAAAAAAUAACAAUGCUUGCUUUUGCUUAUUGCUUAAUUGCCAUUACUCCGGAAAACAAAUACUGAAGUUCAUAUAUACAUCAUUUAAUCACAUAAACAGAGUGGCUUACCGAAAAGAUUUAA